AUGAUGCAUAGGUGGACAAUUUUCAUAUCGAUAGCCAUAGCAAUACUUACAUUCGGUAUAGGCAUUAUUAUCGGUUAUUUUGCUAUCUCAAAUAAUAUUAAAUCUUCGAAAGAUCUUACAUCACGACCACAUUUGGCUGGUCUAGCCGAAGAUCUGGAAAGUGCUGAAGUAAUCGAAAAACGAUGGUUGAAUGAUGGUUUCGAAGUAACUAAGCCAAGGUACAAUGUACUUCUUUCAUAUCCCGAUGAAAACAAUCCAAAUCGAGUAACUUUGAAAAAUGGUAACACUGUUAUAUUUCAAACGGCUGGUGUUGAAGCAAUCUAUGAUUCAACACAGCCUAAAACAGUCAAUCCAUUUCUUGCUUAUACACUUAAUGGCACUGUAACAAGUUCGAAAUUAUUUUAUGCUAACUUUGGUACAGUCAAAGAUAUUCAAGUGCUUACAAACCUAGUUGGAACAGCUGAACUUCGUGGUAGUAUUAUAAUAAUACGGUAUGGACGAAUUUUUCGUGCGGAUAAGAUAAUGAAUGCUCAGCAUGCUGGUGCUGUUGGUGUUAUUUUAUACAAUGAUCCAGCAGACUAUGCUCCCCUAGGCACUACACCUGAUAAAACCUAUAAUCAAACUUGGUAUAUGCCAGAAAGUGGCACACAAAGAGGCACUGCUUAUGCGGCAGAUGGUGAUCCACUAACACCUGGCUAUCCAUCUACAGAUCGAUAUGUUGUCAUUGGUAAUCAUCGGGAUGCAUGGUCAUUAGGUGCAUUUGAUCCUACUAGUGGAACAGCUAUCAUGCUAGAGAUGAGUCGAGUUUUUGGUGAAAUGCAUAAAAAUGGCUUUCGUCCCCGCCGUAGUCUAAUGUUUUGCUCAUGGGGUGCCGAAGAGUAUGGAGCGAUUGGUUCAUUCGAAUACGUACAGGAAUAUGUUAAAGUACUCGGCGCUCGAGUCGUGUCAUACAUAAAUUUAGAUGUGGCUGUUCGUGGAAAUUAUACGGUUGAAGCUGCUGCAUCACCAAUAUUAUUUGAUGUGAUCAUCGAGGCAGCAAAGCUGAUACCAAGUGCUUAUGAUCCUCCUGGAUACACCGUUUAUGAUAAAUGGAUGAGCGUUAAUCGAAAUAAUGCAACCAAUGAGCCAAUUAUUGAACUUGGUCUUGGAUCAGGCAGUGAUUUCGUUGGUUUUUCUCAAUUGGCUGGCUCUUCAAACUGUCACUUGGAUUACAACUUCAAUCCGAAUGAUUACGCAGGAAUCGAAGAUUAUCCACUUUAUCAUACAUCGUACGAAGUAUUUUCUGCGAUGAAAACAUUUGUCGAUCCAACUUUUGCUGCACAUAGAACUCUAGCUCAAUUAACAGGAGUAUUGGCGAUGAUCUUAUCAGAAUCUUUAAUAUUACCAUUUAAUGUUACUCGAUAUACAAUUGGUCUUCAGCAAGCAUUAGAUAGUCUGAAUCUAUCUGGUGAAGUUAUCGAUCCCCUUCGUGCAGCUAUUGAUGAAUUUCGUGUGGUGGCUGACCAGUUUGCUACUCGUGUGCACUCGAUAGAUUUUCAUAAACAUAUUGUUUAUGCACCAGCAACAAAUGAUAUGUAUGAAGCAGCAGGGUUUCCAACGAUUAGUGAUGCAAUCGUUACUGGUGAUCAAAUAAUAAUUGAACAACAAGUGGCCAUUGCUACGUAUUUUACACGUGGGGCCGUAUCAGUAUUGAAAGAUUUUGGCAAAUUUAUUUUUUGA